AUGUCCAAAGGUUAUUCCGGCAUCAUCUCCUCUUCGAUCGCCCAAACAGACUUCAUCAACCGCUUCGGCAACGGAACAUUAGCGGACAACACAGCAGGCGGAAUUGUAUCAUCCUUCACAGGAGGCGCCAUAGUUUCAUCGCUCUUUCUCAAUGUACUCUCUGACAAGUACGGCCGACGUGCCGCCGUCUUCCUCGGAGCCUUGUUAGCCUGCUUAGGAGGCGCACUGCAAGGUGGUGCAAAUACCGUCGCAACUGUCAUCGUUGGCCGAGUAAUCGCUGGUCUAGCCAUCGGGCUGCUAUCCGCCACCAUUCCAAACUAUUGUUCAGAGGUCGCACACCCGAAGUAUCGGGCCUUGCUUGCUGGGUUACAACAAUGGAAUAUCGGACUUGGGUUCGUUUGUGCUCAGUGGAUCGGCUAUGGAAGCUCGUUGGUCCACGGCCCUUUCAGCUGGCGGUUUCCACUCUCGUUCCAAGUGCUACCGGCCUUGGUCCUUGCGGCGGGAAUUUGGUUCUUGCCUGAGAGUCCUCGAUUCCUCGCCGAGCGCGGAGACACGGCCCGUGCUCAUGCGGUCCUAGGAAGGCUCCACCGAAGUCACGAACUUGUCGAGGCCGAGUAUAAACGCAUUCAGGACAAUCUUGAAGCGGAGCGGAAGUCUCGGAUGGGAUGGAUCGACCUGGUUCGAGAGCCGCGCCUCAGACGGCGGGUGCUGUUGGCAUGCGGGAUACAGCUUUUCACCAUAACAUCUGGGAUCAACGUCAUAAAUUAUUACGGACCCCGUAUCUACAGUUAUCUUCAUUUCAGCACGACCAGAUCUCUGAUGAUCAUUGGAAUAUACGGUGCCCUUGCUCAGGUCUACAAUACCAUCUGCAUCGCGUUUGUGGACCGGGUGGGACGAAGAAAACUGCUCAUUCCAUCCAUGAUUGGUAUGGGAGCAGCGCUCUGCGUCAAUGCAACGCUUUCGCAUUUCUACAUCGACGGAAAACAAGACCCCAGCCGCAAUGAAAAUGCCCUGCGAGCCUGUGUGGCCAUGUACUUUGUCUUCUCGGUGUUUUUCACCAGCCUCGGGUGCAUUUCCUGGAUCUUCAGCAGCGAGAUCUUCCCGACCGCAAUCCGGGCCAAGGGCACCUCGUUGUCUACGUUCACCAACUGGGCCGUAAACCUGAUUUUUGCACAGUGCUCGCCACUUGCACUGUCGAGGAUGGGUUAUCGAUACUUUUAUAUCUUCACCGCCUUCAACUGGGUGGCUGCCGCCGUGGUUUAUUUCUUCUACCCUGAGACCCAAGGGCACACUUUGGAAAGUGUGAAUGAACUGUUUGGUGAUCUACAGAUUCAAACUUCCGCUGACCCGGCCGAGAACGUCGUCCUCACGGCUGCGAAUGAGGAGAAGGUCAUCGUGGAAGCACAAACAGGCGCCACUAGACCGGGUCUGCCUUCUACGUUGGUGAAUGCGGUUUAG